GGUAAGGGGGUGGAAGGUGGGGUGGGUUGGGGCGCGAGGCCCUGGAGUUGAGGUGCGUGCUGUACGGUGCAACCAUAAGCCUGGCCUGAAGUAUGUCAGGCAGACCCUUUCUGAAGGAAUCCGCCUCACUGCCUCUGCCCUCAAUCCAUCCCUCUCGCCAUGGGUGACAGUAGACUUGGUGACACAGUCUGUAAGGGAGGCCCUGUGUGACUAUGCAAACAUGGAGUGGAGGUUGGCAAACAUAAACGAGUGUGUGUGUGUCUUGUUAGUUGAUUAAGAAUGUAAGACAUGUAGUAAAAAUUCUCAGGUUUAUGGGACUCAGAGCAUAAACAACUUGGGAGUCAGUCAGUGGGCGAUCUGUUCUUAUUUUUUCUAAGAACCUUGUUGUCAAUACUGAUUCACCGACAGGUCCCCAGAUCCAAACACAAAACCAAUUAAAAUAUGACAAUUCCAGUGCGCCCUCUCUCCAUGAACAAAACUAUAUUUGUAGCUUUGUGGAGGGGCAGGAAAAAUCCCUGCACUCUCACAGCGUCAGUUCGCUCUGGUUUCACAAGGUUUUUGAAAGGCAGAGCAGCGUGGUGAAUGUUUAGCCUCCAGUGCUUGUGUAUUGUAUAGUAUUUCUGUAGUGUGCGGCAGAAUAGACACAAGAGCGGCAAAGGUUGAACAUUGGAUACAUUUUUUUUUGUCCUAAGUGUGUCUGAUAUCUCCUCAAAAAUGAUCGAUGGGAUAGCCAACAAUAUUUGGAGCUUCGGUAAUAGUUGCAAAGUCACCACGUAAUGACACGGAGCAUGGAGUUGAAAUGUUGCAAAUGCGUUUAUCCUCAGUUGCUGAGAAGUAGAUUUUGACGCGCGCAGGGUCUCAUCAAUAGUCUUUGAACCUGAGGUAUACGUGUGAAAAAUAACAGGUACCAAAGACAAGAACGGCAUCGAGUUCCAAGGUCUGAAUGAGAGACACUAGAGACAACGUUUCUGUAACAAGGACAUAGCCGGAAUGCAGUUCAAUCCCAAAAAUCGAACGUGUAUCUUGGAAAUGUUAUGUUUUUAAAUUUUAUUGUGGAAUAACCCAGGAAUAGCCUAAAGGUUAUGAGCGUUCCUGGCGCGUUGUUUACUCAUUUCUCAAAUCAAUGUUUGGAGGCAAGACUGAGCAAGUCCUAAAGGUAAGGGUGAACUUAAUAUACACGUUAUAUUGUUUUGUAUGUUUAUUUUUUUUUAAUAAAUGUCAAUAACAAUGAAUGAUACAUAAGACGCCGAGUCUGUAACUUAUCAUACAUGAACCCUCUCUCUCACACACACGCGCACAAAAAGCAAAUAAAGUGUGUUCAAGUAAUAACGUUUGUUUGAAUUGAUAAACCUUUAUUUGAUUGUUUGACAUUUCUACAGAUGUGCCCAACAUUAUAUAAUUAACGUAAUGUUCCCACGAGAUUUAAGUUAGACAAAAUGUACUUGCAGUGCCUUUAAUUUCAAAUUUUGGUAAUGUGCGUAUUUAUGUGUACUAUUCAACUUUUUAUGAAAUUAAAAUUAUAUUUAUACACAUUGUGUUCCUAUGCAGGGUGAAACUGAAAGGAUUUGGUGGAGAGGAGAAGAGAAAGGCUUGGCCGCAUAGAGGGAGGCGCCUUUCGCGCUCUCCUGAAACCAAAGCCUUUGAAUUGUUUUUUUUUGUUCACUUCAGGCAAAGAGGAGAUAACCUGAAAAGUUGGACGCUUGAGAAUGAUGUGCAUUUAAAGGAUAUCAUUGUGUGGAUUUUCACCGCCAAGACAUGCUCCACAGCCGACCAGGAGCACGCUGGGGAAAAGGGUCUGACCUCUCCGGCGUGCGCUCAGACUGGACUAAUACGCAUGGGAUAGUCGGUGGACCAAGAUGGAGGACGAGGAGGAGAGACAGACCGGGGGUUACCGCAAUGCCGUCAGCAGGCGCCCCUUACCACCUGAGUAACUGGACGGUGAUGCUGUGGGUGGUGGUCUCUUUGCUGCCCCUGGUGGAGGGGGCCCGUAUUGGCACUGGUUUGGGGGCAGACUCUGUCCAGGUUGUGGGACUGGUGGGAGGGAUGUGGGAGAGGCAGCUCCCAGACUCACUACCUGAGGUGGGUGAGCAACAAGAGGAGGAGAGUGACCCGUACUCCCCCUGGCAUGGCCUCUCCGACCCCUCUGUGAUGGACGAAGCAGACGACCACCCCAGUGGCCGGUGGGUGGGACGUUCCCCCCGCAACUCUGACCCCUCAGACGCCGAACCAAAAGGCUUGGCCAAGAAAAAGAAGAAGAGGAGGAAGAAAGAGAAAGAGAGGGACAGAAAGGGCAAAGGAAAGGGAAAGGGCAGGCAGCCCCAGCAGAGCAGCCCAGACUGCAGGGUGGAGAAACGAGAGAUGCGGGUGCGGGACUUGGGCCUGGGCUUCGACUCGGACGAGAUUGUCCUCUUCAAGUUUUGCGUGGGCUCCUGCCAGUCAUCCAGGACCAACUACGACCUGGCUCUAUGGUCCCUGAUGGAGAAUGGGUCCCUGCCGCGGAGGACCUCCCGGCGGGUCAGUGCCCACCCCUGCUGCCGGCCUGACCGCUACGAGCCAGUGUCCUUCAUGGACGCCCACACCACGUGGCAGACCAUCCAGUCACUGUCGGCGGCCAGCUGCAUGUGUAUGGGCUGAGGGAGCCAGCCAAGAGGAGGAUGAAUAGGGCAGGGUGGCAACUGGCUGUCACUCAGCCCUGCCUGAUAAUAUACAGAUGGUGGCUCGCCGUUGAGUCUGGGUCUAGGGAGAGCCUCUGGGUUCUGGGAGGGCAGAGGUAGUCGCUCCGAAAACAUAUGCAACAGGGCUGGUCCCCAGUACAAAGCAGGAUGGAGAUUCUGUAGAGGGUCUAUGAUGGUGGAGUGAGGCCACGCCUCUUCCUGUUGUACAUUUUCUGCUGAGGAUAAAGUGGAUCUGGUUGCAAUGAUAGACUGCCAUGACCGAUUGGCAAGACAGUCUCUGGGAACAGUUUUUAAGAAGAUGGUGACCACACAAUGGUAGGAUCUCAAUAUUCACAGCAGUUGGGAUAUGUGUAAGACUGACCUGGAGUACUGAUUAAAAUAUUGACUCAAAGGUCAAAACGAGGACCAUAUCUAAUUGCAUUUCUCCACAGAUAGACAGGCUCAAAACAGGGAUUUUCCGUAACUACAUUUUUUCAAUGUUCUCUUGAGUUGUACGAAAUGGAUGCCAUGCAUCUCUUUGCGUUACCGCAUUAUAGUCAACAUAUUUAUUACAGCUAAGUUAUUUAUUUAUUGUCAUUUCAUAUGAGGUCCUUUUUAUGGACUGUAGAUUUAUAUUUAUUGUCAUGAUCACAUAUACCGGGGGGUUUGUGUUGUUGGAUCCUUUGACUUUGAAUUGUUUGAUUUUUGGGGAUUUUGAAACAUCAAAAAGAUCAGAACAAGUGGGCAAGGAUCUCAACAUGCAGUAUGUCUCAUUUCACACAAAGGAAGGAUAUAGUCUUGUGGCUGAAAACCUAACCAGGUUACAAGCUUAGUUUCGUUUUUUUAUUGUUGUUUCAGUAUUUCAGAACAAUUACAGUCAAUAUUAUUAUUAUUAUUGAAAUGGUUUCCUUUAUUUUUGUACAACAAUGACAUUAUUCUGUGUAGGAAUAAAGUAUUUCUAGAUA